GCGUCUUGUCUCGGAAACGGCAAGAAGCGGUGGUCAUGACACGGUCCAAGCCCUUUAGCGGCAAGCAGAAGAAGCAGCAGCUUCAGGCCAAGCGUGAGAAGGUCAAGGAAUCCGAGUGGCGCCGCGCGCAGAAGGAAGAGGACGAGAUCAAGCGGCGCAUGCGCUCCGGCGACGGCGACGACGCGCAGAUUUUUGACAACGCAGCCGCCGCCGCGCAGGUGUCGACGGACGUGGGCUUCUCGGGCGACUUGCGCACGAUCUUUGCGAAAGAGCCGCAGUGGGCGGUCGACGAGCGCAAGAAGGACGCGACGCGGGCGCUGGAGCUCGCGCCGGACCGAGGCGACUCGCAGUCGAUCUACGCAUAUGGGCUCACCGACGUCUCGAACCAGCCACCGAUUCCAGUGCGGCCGCACUGGACCAAGGACACGGGUGCGGACGAGCUUGUGGCGCUCGAAGAAGAUGCGUUCCGUGCGUGGCUUACGCACCUUCUCGAUCUGUGCGAGAACCACAAGGCCGGUGCGAUCAACGCGUACGAGCGGAACCUCCAGGUGUGGCGUCAGCUCUGGCGCGUGAUUGAAAAGUCCAACGUGCUCGUGCACUUUGCCGACGCGCGCUGCCCGCUCCUGCAUCUGAGCCACGCGCUCCUGGCGCACAUUGCCGCUGACUACCCGCUCAAGCGCGUGCUCAUCGUGCUCACCAAGGCGGAUUUCGUGUCACCUGACCGCCUCGAGGCGUGGGUGACGUACGUUCGUCAGCGGUACCGCGUUCCCGUCGUCACCUACUCGCGCGACCGGUCCGACGACGACAACCUCGUCGUCCUCGAAGCCAUUGGCGCGCUGAGCCGCGAGACCACGUGCACGGCAGGUCGUGACGACGAGCUCAACAACGGCACACUGACCGUCGGCCUCGUCGGCGAACCCAACGUCGGGAAGAGUUCGUUCUUGAACGGGCUCUUUGGGAAGAAGCUCGUGUCGGUGUCGGCGACGCCAGGCCACACGAAGCACUUUCAAACCCACUUUUACGAGCACCCGAGUCGCCUCGGCCGGGAUGACGUCUCGAAACUCUGCCUCUGCGACUGCCCCGGCGUCGUCUUUCCCCGCUUCAACAUUCCCAUGGCCCUCCAGAUCCUCUUUGGGAGCUACCCGAUCGCGCAGACGCGCGAGCCGUACAGUGCGAUUCGGUUCAUUGCUGAAAACUGCGUCCCGACCCUCGAAACCACAUACAAGCUCAAGAAGGUCGACGAGGACGACGACUGGUCGCCGUACACACUGGCCGAAGCAUAUGCGCAACAGCGCGGGUUCCACGUCAAGGGCGGCAAACUCGACGUCUUCCGCGCCGCCAACCUGCUUCUCCGCGACACGUUGAACGGGAAAAAGGUGAUUCUGAGCUUCCCGCCGCCGCUGGAUGCAGCGCCCGUGUCACUCUAACAGCCCGUUCAUCGACUAAACUAAAAGGACUAUCUUAUCAGUAGUUAAUAUAUAUAAUACAUCCAGACUCACUCGCUCA